GACUAUUACAUGGAGUCGAUUAUUUACCGAUAAAGCUAUGAGGCUAUCAAUAUGUUUUGUUGAUAAUUUUGUUAUGCAUUAUUGCUUCCACUUCGGGCAAAAGGAAAGAACCUCCCAAUCGAAGAGGUAAAACAGAUAAUAGAGAUAAAAACAGAGUUUAUACCAAGAAACCCACGAAGAAAGAAGAAACAGAAGAAGAUGAAAAGAGUGAUGAAGAAGACGAUAAACGAGAGUGAAAAAGAAGGCGAUGGAGAGAGUGAUGAUGAAGAAGAUGAAGAAGUAGACGAAGAAGAUGAAGAGGAAGAAGAUGAUGAAGAUGGAGAUGUGGAAGAAGAAGACAAUGAUCAAAGCGAUGACGAUAGUGGGGAUGACGAGGGAGACAAUAUAACAUAUCUUGGCAGUGAAGAAUUUAAAGGUGAAUUGAGGGAACAACUGGAAGAAAAGGGCAUUUAUUACGAUGUACAAAGAAUAAAGAAGUUCUUCAAAGGUCCUGAUUACCUGAGGGAUCCAGAGGUGAUAGACCUGCUGAAGAAGUACAACAACUCGGAGGUCCAGCUACGGGAGAAGAUAGCAGCAAACCCUGGCAAGCAAAUGAUGCCCUUCUACGUGGUGGAAGGAGUUAAUCCUGCCACAAGGAAGAAGGUGGCUCAGAUCUUGGCUCAUCGAGUGAAGGGUCUCUACAUCGUCAACCAGCCGAGGAUCAGCUUGGGGCCUGUACAGAAGGACGAAGAGGCCAAGAAAGCGUACUACGCCUUGAGCAAAUACAUGAUCGCCAACAAGGUGCAGCUGUCUCUCUUCAACAAACCAAUUGUCACAGAAAGCUACUGGACAGAACAUGCUGCUUACAUAAUGGGAAAGGUUUGGGAGAAAGCGGAAAAGCUUCCAAAGCCAGGAGCAGAAGUUUAUCGUUUCCCCGAGGAUCUGUUGGUGCCAAAUAUCACCUUUGCCAUUUUCAACACUCCACCUCCGAGGAUGGGGAAGAAGCCCUCCAGUACAUAUCUCUUCGAGCAGAGGAUGUUGCUGGUGUACAAGAGAUUUACUGGAGUGAAUAUUCACAUAAUAAGAUUUCCCGAGUCUCCAAAGCAAAUAGCAGACAAGAUAGACCGGUUCAUGUACAACCGUGGUCAAAACUACUCCUCAGCCUCCAAGCAUUUUGAAAUAACUGUGCUAGAUUAAUGAUAUCAAUAAAUAUUUCGUCUAUCGUUAUAACGCCGUGAAAA